CAUCAUGUCAUUGACUGUAAUGCAAGAAUUUAUCCUUGUGUAGAUCUUCAUAGUCUCUAAGUUUAAGAUGUAGUUUACGUACUGCUGAGCCCACGGCUCAAGUCUAACAACCUCUCGCUCCAUCCAAGCAUUUCAUACAGUUCCACGCGCAACCAUGGCCCAAACAAAACCCAAAAAUAUUGUUAUCGUAGGAGGCUCACUAGGCGGUCUCAUGGCUGGAGUCGCAUUGAAGCGUCUGAGAAAAGACCUCAACAUCCGCAUCUUCGAGCGCAACCCAACCCCCCUUCUCCAAGACCAAGGCGCAGGCGUCGUAGCCGGCCCAGAAGUGCAAAAGUUCUUCGAAACCCACGACCGCACCCACACACCACUGACAGUCUCAAGCCACCAGCGGCAAUAUCUCGAUAAGGAAGGAAAGAUCAUCAGCCGCCACGACCAAGAUCAACACAUGACAAGCUGGGACCUCCUCUACCACCUCCUCCGCACAAACUACGACGGCACAAAAACCGACUACGCUACAGUCCCCACCCCGGAACCCGGCGAGGGAACAACAUCCUAUGAAUACGGCUGCACAGUCACAAGCGUAGACGCCCCGUCCUCAUCCUCAUCCUCCCCAGACUACUCCAACCCCAUCCAAAUAUCCUACACCCACACCUCCGGCACCUCACACACCACCCCCACGGACCUUGUCCUCGCCAUCGACGGCCCCAGCUCCCAAAUCCGCACUUCCUACUUCCCCUCCACAACGCGCACCUACGCCGGCUACAUAGCCUGGCGCGGCACCCUCCCCGAGACCUCUCUCUCAACCCCCACCCACUCCCUCUUCACCAACACCUUUACCUUCUAUCAUGCCCCCGGCACCCAAAUCCUCGCUUACACGAUCCCUGGGUCCCAUGGCACUACGGUACCGGGGCAGCGCUUGCUAAACUGGGUCUGGUACGUUAAUGCUGCUGAAGAUUCAAAGGAGCAUGAGGAUGUGAUGACGGAUGUACAUGGAAGGAGGCAUCAUAUCACGCUUCCGCCUGGCGCUAUUAAUCCGGGGAUUUGGGAACGCCAGAAGAAGAGGGCGGGAGAGAUGUUACCGCCGCAGUUUGCGGAGGUGGUGCGGGGGACGGAGGUUCCGUUUGUGCAGGCGAUUACGGAUGUGAUUGCGCCGGGGGCGGUGUUGGAGGGAGGAAGGGUGGUAUUGCUGGGUGAUGCGCUUGCGGGGUUUCGACCGCAUACUGCAGCGAGUACGAACCAGGCGGCUUUGGAUGCCAUGUCACUUGCUGGGGCGGUGGAGCGUUUGUUGGGAGGGGAGAUGAGGGCGCUGAGGGAGUGGGAGGCGGAAGUUAUGCGGUAUGCGGUUGAGAUGCAGCGACGGGGGGUGGAGAUGGGGGAUAAGAGUCAGUUUGGGGAGCAUGAGAUGCAGAGAUAGAGAAGCUCUUGUUUGGUCUGGGUUGGGAUAUUUUUGUACAGUACAUAGACACAUUUACAUGGAAUGAUGAUCCCAGACUCCUCCCGUGCUUUAAGAUGAAUAGCAGUGGUUAUUAAUUUCUUUCAAGCCCCGCAUUGUCUAUAUCCAAACACCUGUCUGUCUAAUCUUCAGCAGCAU